UCUGUUUUCGGCGAACCGUCCUAAAAGCAGAUGGAGAGCGUGCACACGUUAAUUAGAGUACCACAACAGAGACCGCGCCUGGCCAUUUCAUAAAAUGCCCGCCAGCAUGCAAGCUAUGUCUAUCGUCAAUAGCAACAUUAUCCACAACACAACUAUGAUAACGGCUGUGAGGACCAGACAGGACGAGACAUGGAUCCUGUCGGUUGCCAUUGCACGUGAUGCGUGAUUGUUGUCUGCCCCACACGGCGAGAUCGCGGCAGCAUGACGAAAGCGCAAGCUACCAUCAGGGUACUUACUGCCCCUCAACACACAACCCCUCCUAUUAAGAGCCGUUGCCAUGAGACCUGUUGCCGAGGCUGAGAAGCACUGGCGUCGGCUAGACGACUUCCACUCUCUGACCGAUCUCAAGAUCCAUGUCUCUUCGCACCAAGAACCGCAGAUAACCACGGGCCUUCGCUCGGUUUGCUGGAAGAUCUUCCUCCUCUUCAAGACACUCGAUCGUUCGUCAUGGCCAAACCACCUUGCCGAAUCACGCAGGAAUUACGAUUCGUUGCGCACACACUACCUGCGCGCGAUUGAACAUCCCGAUGAGCUCGAAUCAUCGGUCGAUCCUUUGAGCGACAACGACGAGUCCCCAUGGUCAGCCCUCAGAGCAGACGAAGCCCUGCGUGCCGAGAUCUUCCAAGAUAUCGAAAGAUGCAUGCCAGACAAUGUCUACUUUCGCCAACCGGCCACGCAAAACAUGAUGCUGGAUAUACUAUUUGUGUGGUGUAAAAUGCACCCAAGCAUUGGCUACAGACAAGGCAUGCACGAGGUGCUAGCACCAUUACUCUGGGUGGUUGAAAGAGACGCCGUGGAUGUGAGCGCCGAGACCUCUGUCGAUUCCAAUCUUGCAGACAUGCUCGACUCUGUCUAUAUGGAACAUGACACACAUACCCUGUUCUCCCUCAUCAUGCAGACCGCAAAGACAUUCUUUGCGCCUGCUGAUCCUAAAUCUGCUUCGAAAGAGACCCCAAUGCUUGCUCGAAGCUCAAGGAUCUUCGACACAUACCUGCCCAGAGCCGAUCCUGAGCUCCACGCUCAUCUGACGAAGCUGGACAUUGUUCCACAGAUCUUCCUAUUAAGAUGGAUCCGUCUUCUUUUCGGCCGCGAAUUUGAUCUCGAUUCGGUCUUCGAUAUGUGGGAUGCCUUGUUUGCUAUCGAUUCGACACUAGAAUUGGUUGACAUGAUCUCGAUAGCGAUGCUGCUACGGAUACGCUGGGAGCUAGUCGCGGCAGAAACCAACGAGGCUUUCGCGUUACUGCUGCGAUACCCCGAGCCGAGUGCGCCUGCUUACACAUUCAUCAAGGACGCAUUAUAUCUGCGUGACCACCUCACUCCGCAAGGUGGCGCUGAGAUCAUAACACGUCAUGGCAAGCAAGCACCAUCCGUUGAACCUGAAUCACCUGCAAGUAUACGUGCACCAUCACCAACCCUAUCCUUCGCUUCGAGUCGCACAAGACAGAGAGUGGGCUCUCCAAAGAGUUUCUUAGGUCCGCAAGGCGCCGGGUUGGAGGCAGUAUUGCAAGGCGCUGCAAAGAAUGUCCUCGAAAGGGGGUCGCAAUGGGGAGUUGGGAAAGCACUUCGAGAUGCUGUUGGUGAGGUACGAAAGAACGUAGAGGCUUACCAGAACGGUGCAGUGUCGGGACAAACCACACCAAGAUCUGGAGGAAGAGAAUUUCGGGCACCUGAAGUGGCUGCAGCAAGUCAACGGCCUGGUCUCGGGCGAACAACUUCCGCCAAUCCUUCGAAGAGGUCUGUUGAGCUCGAGAAAAGAAACAAGGAACUGGGUAAGAUGCUGGAAGGUGCUGUAGCUGAAUUGUGGGAGCAUCACAGAGAGCAAACAGAAAGCCAGCGGUCAAAGGAUGAGGAAAACAGCAACAAGGCAGCAAUGGAAGCACUCAGCCUUGCUAUCGCGAAGGUGCAGUUCGUCCAAGUCUACCUCGAGGACUCUUCGAUCCCACUUCAAAUCGAUGAAUCAACCGAUGAAGCAGCGACAGCGAUUGCAACUGCAAGUCUAGCUCCACCAUCGCCGAUGGAGUCUCUACCCGCAAUUGUUGAACCGCCGACGGCUGAGCUCACCGUCUCUGCGCCUGCACUCUCAGCCAUAGAGACAUCACCAAAGCCCUCACCAAUUAGCUCACAAGCUGCUUCUUCACCCCCUGUAUCGUCGAUCAUAACCACGACGCCUGCUCGCCUGGCGCCGCGUUCUCGCCCGCAACUCACCUCCUCUAACUUUUCAUGGAUGCUAGGCGAGGACUCUGCCUCUUCGAACUUCGCUUCCGGAACUGCGCACUCGACCUUCGCUUCAGAUGAAAAGCGCCGCAUGAAAGGAAAGGGAUUCUUGUUCGGCGAUGAAGAUGAGGCGGAUAGUAGUGGAAAGGAGACGAAAGGCAAAAGAGGGAGUGUCAGCGGGAAGAGUACAGCGAAGAGCAAGGGCAAGCAUGUACCGGAGGGUGAGAUCGAAGAGGAGGUUAUCGAUCUAGACGAUGUCGGCAGAAGAGGUGUGAUCUAGGACGGGAAGUUGAUAUGUC